AUGGCAUCUCCAAGGAAGACCCGUUCUCAGGGUCCGGCAGACGCUGUAGAUCUUGAUCAUCCACCGAAACAAGGCAAGAACCAUCUCGACGUUGAAGAGGAGCUCGCAUUCUACUCUUCCUAUCAUUCCAAUAAGGUCAAUCAAAUCAUUCAUUUCGUCUGCAUUCCCUUAAUUUUGUGGUCAUGGCUCCUCAUUGCUUCACACUUGCCCAUACCAGGUACUUCACCUACGUUACUACGAGAUGGAUUGGCGUAUCAACCUAGUUUAGCUAUGGGUUGGAUAGUGGCUUAUUUGAUUUACUAUGUGCUGCUUGAGCCAGUUGGAGGGCUCACAUACCUUCCCAUCGGUACACUCCUCUACCUCACCUCAACCUAUCUGGCCGUAUCUCCCCCAUCCUGGCUACCUUUCACCGAUCCUUUCAAACCCUCCGCUCAACCUUUCGCAUGGGCAGUCUUCUUCGCUUCGUGGAUAGCUCAAUUCAUAGGUCACGGGGUGUUCGAGCAUCGAGCUCCAGCUUUGGUUGAUAAUCUUGUACAAGCUCUGGUCUUGGCACCAUUCUUUGUUCAUUUGGAAGCUCUAUUCGCGUUCUUCAACUACAAACCAGAUUUGCAUAAGAAAAUCAAGAAUAAGGCUGGCAUCAGGAUAAGAGAUAUGAGUAGAGCCGCUAAGCUUAAGUAG